CUCUGCACGCAUAAGCCACAAAUGUAAGUGACUUUUCGAAUUUUGCAUUCUUUGUUCAACCCUUUGUCUGCUUUCUCUAUCUACACACUGCGAGAAAUAGUUUCAGUAAAUCAGAAGGAUUGAAGCUGUAAAUGGGCCGACCGCCGAGCAAUGGCGCCCCUUCUUUCCGCUUUAACCCUGUCGAGUUUGCGGAAAUGGAGGCCAUUCUGCAAAGGCACAAUUGCUCAGUGCCAGGACGUGAAAUCAUCGAGUCUCUCGCUCAGAAAUUUAGUGCAACAGCUGAAAGAGCAGGAAAGGUGGAAGUUUCAUCUAAACAAGUAAUGCGCCACUUCAACUGUGUUCUUAUGGUUUUAAACUGGUUCCAAAAUAGACGAUAUGCCCUCAGAACAAAAGCGGCUAAAGCUGUUGCUCCUAAUGAGGCAAAAAUGUCUCAUUUGCCUACCGUUUUAUAUUUGCCUCAGGCAACUCAACCUCAGCACGCUCUCUCGACUCUGACAGCAGCAAAAAAUGGGGUUCAAGUACAUCAUCCAGUUCCUGCUAUAUCAGCCAUGAAUGCUUCGGGUGGUUGUCAGAUGGAGUUUGAAGCUAAAUCUGCUAGAGAUGGUGCAUGGUAUGAUGUCACUUAUUUCCUGUCGUCUAGAUCAUCAGAAACUGGGGAUCCGGAAGUUCUGGUUCGUUUUGCCGGUUUUGGACCUGAAGAGGAUGAAUGGAUCAACAUACGAAAGCACGUGAGACAACGUUCUUUACCAUGCGAAUCUUCAGAAUGUGUUGCAGUUCUACCGGGAGAUUUAGCACUAUGCUUUCAGGAAGGGAAGGAGCAAGCUCUAUAUUUCGAUGCACAUAUUCUUAACACAGAAAGGCGAAGGCAUGAUGAAGUUGUUCCCCUGAGGAAGAUAUGCCGCCGGCCUGAAACUAACUACAGGUUGCGGCAACUUCACGCCACGUCAGAAAAUGUAAAUUCACAAAAAAUGAGCGAAACUACACAAAAGCAGCCGCUCAAGCCCGAGUAA